AUGAAUAUAACAGAUUUACCUUUUAUACAACAAAAAAUGAUUCGAUAUGGAAUGACAAUUUAUUUUGCAUUAGGUAUUAUUGGUAAUAUUUUUAAUUGUAUUAUAUUUACUCAAUCUACAUAUCGUCGUACACCUAGUUCAAUUUAUUUUCUAUCACUUUCGAUUGUUUCUAUUAUCUAUUUAAUAUGGCUUAUGUUUCCAAUUUUUUAUUCACUUGAUCAUUCUGAUCUUCAAACAAAAUCAUUAUUCUAUUGUAAAACGAGACUGUAUGUUGGUCAUUGUUUAGGUCAAUGUAUUCGCUAUAUUGUUGUAUUCGCUUGUAUUGAUCGAUAUAUUAUUACACAAACAAAUUUUCAUAUUCGUUCAUUAAGUUCAAUUCAAAUAGCAGUAAAGAUUGUUUUUACUAUAAGUUUAAUAUGGUUUAUUAUUGGUAUACAUGUACCUAUUUUAAUGUCUAUAAGAGAAAAUGUUUGUGGAAUGUUUGAUUUAUAUAAAUUAAUUUAUGCAAUCUAUCAAAUUAUUCUAGUUGGUCUUCUACCACCGAUAUUAAUGAUUAUUUUCAGUUCUUUAACUAUUCGUACUCUUCAAUAUCGACAUGCUGCUCAAAUACGUAUUAGAAAAAGAGAUCGAUAUCUUAUGCGUAUGUUAAUUGCUGAAGUUAUAAUAAAUAUUGUUACAUCAAUUCCAUAUUCAACUAAUCUUGUCUAUGGAGCAAUUACAUAUUAUGUUGUUAGUAAAAGUUCGAAACGAUUAGAAAUUGAAACAUUCAUUACUUUCGUUACUCAAUUUCUUAUUUAUCUCAUUGGUGUUGCACCUUUUUAUCUAUUUAUUUCAACAGCAAAACCAUUUAGAAAAAGAUUUAUUAAUCUAUUACGACAUGUUCGAGUUUUUCCAAGAAACGAACUACAUACGACAGGUUAA